CAAUAAGUAUACCUCCCCCUCCUCAUGCUCAUAUAAUAUUUUGGAGCCAUGAGAACCUUAGCAGAAACAUACUCUCUCUCUCGUAUCUUCGGCGGCGAUUAACGUCGUGGAACACCUCCGCCUGCCCCUCGAACCACAACCGAAGCUUCGAGAUUCUUCUAGAAGACGGGGCCGCCCUCUGGCGAGAUGCAGGAUUUCCCGCCUUUACACGGCCGCGUCUUUGGUGGUGGCGGAGGGGCGCGGGCCGAGUUCAGCCGCCUCGUCGGCUACACGGCGGCGGUGGCAUCAGUGCAGAAGCAGCAGCCGGUGAAGUGCCCCCGCUGCGACUCCACCAACACUAAGUUCUGCUACUACAACAACUACAAUCUCUCCCAGCCCCGCCACUUCUGCAAGUCCUGCCGCCGCUACUGGACUAAGGGCGGCAUCCUCCGAAACGUUCCCGUCGGUGGUGGCUGCCGCAAGUCCAAGCGCCCUUCCUCUUCCUCCUCCUCCAAACCCUACUCUAAGCCAUCCCCCGCCACGGCCGAUAAGGACCACCAAAGCCGCAGCCUCCGCUCCUCCACAUCCCGAUGCAGCAGUGACAGCUCCAGCCUCAACGGCACCGCCAGCUCCUCCGCCCCAUACCCCGAUCCGACCCUCCUCAACUCCCAGAUCUCCAUCUCCAAUCCCAACCCUCCCUUCGAAACGCCGCUACCAGUCGAUCCUCCUCUGCGCCCGGCACCGGAUAUCUAUCUGGAUCCGGUGGCCGAGACCCUCAUGGCGGUGCCGGGGUCGAUGCAAGUGUUUUGCUUCUCCGAUCCGUCGCCGACCCAAGAGAAGCCCUCGGAGGGGAUCAGGCCGGGGUUCGAAGAUCAGACGGUCCGCGUGGAUCCGAUGCCGGGCGGGACCGGUGGAGGUCUCGCCGCGCUGAACUGGUCCGGCUCGGUGGACCCGACGCUUCUCGAUCUCGUCAGCGCCGUCGAUCCUGCAGCGUACUGGAAUCAGAGCCACUGGGGGGGCGCGGAUCCCACCUUCUAUCUCCCGUAACCCCCCCUUCAUCAACGUAAUCACGUUUCCUACCCCUUAUCUUAAUGCACAUAUAUAUUUCUUCUCUCCUCGCGUUGUUGAUAUUUAGUGGAUGUCCUUGUUGGUGCUUUUCGUUGAUAACCACGGCUUUCUGUUACCUGCUUUA